UCUAUCUCCACUAUUACUUGUUUUUCUUUCCGUUUUGAAGAGUUUUUUUCUUGAAAUUCACCUAUUUUAACAAUCCCCCCAGUGCACUUCUCAGAACUGCAGAAUGCACGAGGGCAAGUUGGAUGCUCUGCAGGCCGGUCCUACCUCGUCCACAUCACCCACUCAAAAGCAGAAUGGACCGCGGAUACUCGGACCCACGAUGUCUUCACCCACUGCGGUUCAUCCACAGAGCACAGCCACGGAGCGAUCUUUUCCUAGCAUCCGAAGCAAGUUUUUAAAUGAGCUCCAUAAAGUGCAUUUGCCAUCCUGGGCUCCGGUGACACUCGGCUUCCUCGCGGUCCUCCUCAUAAUCACCUGCAUCCUGUGUGUCUGUAAAAAGUUCAUAUUUAAGAAAAAGAAAGAUAAAGGUGGGAAAGAGAAAAGUGACAAAGAGGGCAUCAACAUGUCAGAUGUGAAAGACGAGGGAAUGAAACAGGCUGUCUGUCCUGGCACUGAUUCUGAUUCCCAGGAGGAGAAAACAGAGUCGAAAAAGACUGCAAAGCUUGGAAAACUGCUUUACACCCUUGACUACAACUUUACUGACAGUGCGUUAAUUGUAGGUGUGAUUCAGGCUGAAGGCCUUGCUGCUAUGGACAUGAGUGGCACCUCAGAUCCAUACGUGAAAGUUUACCUCCUCCCAGACAAGAAGAAGAAGUUUGAGACUAAAGUUCACCGUAAAACCUUAGAUCCCACGUUCAAUGAACAUUUUAAUUUUAAGGUUCCAUACGCAGAGCUUGGUGGAAAGACGUUGGUCAUGACUGUGUAUGACUUUGACCGCUUCUCCAAACAUGAUGCUAUUGGUGACGUGAGGGUGCAGAUGAAUAAGGUGGACUUCAGUCAUCUGACGGAGGAAUGGAGAGACCUUCAGAAAGCUGAGAAAGAGGAGCAAGAGCGUUUGGGUGAUAUCUGCUUGUCACUACGUUACGUCCCCACUGCAGGAAAACUCACUGUUGUUGUUCUGGAGGCCAAAAACCUCAAAAAAAUGGAUGUGGGCGGUCUAUCUGACCCCUAUGUGAAAAUCCACCUGAUGCAGAACGGCAAAAGACUGAAGAAAAAGAAAACUACAACUAAGAAAAACACACUGAACCCGUAUUACAAUGAAUCAUUUAGCUUUGAAGUUCUGUCGGAGCAGAUUCAGAAAGUGCAGGUUGUGGUGACAGUGUUGGACUAUGACAAAAUCGGAAAAAAUGAUGCCAUUGGAAAGAUCUUUGUUGGAAUGAACAGCUCAGGAACUGAGCAACGCCAUUGGUUGGAUAUGUUGGCCAAUCCGCGAAGACCCAUCGCCCAAUGGCACGCACUCAAACCAGAGGAAGAUGUGAAUGCUGAACUGUCGAAGAAAUGA